GGAAUGACUAUCUAGACCGAGGAGGGUCUGCAGCAGCUGGAUUCCAGCAGCAAGCCAGACUUCCCCUCUUGGGAAAGAGGAAAGGCAGCGUAGCUGUGCUUUCUUGUGGAGGGAAGGCAGCAGGCGGCCCUUUGAAAGAGAGAGGGCUGUGGUGGACCAUGCUGGCGGCCCGAGAAGCAGCAGCGCUCUACCAGACGGAUUUUGUGCGCAAUGCCCGAGCGGUGGGCGCCCUCUGGGCUGGCUGCACCCUCUGCUUCGGCAUCCUGGAGGUUGUGGUGCUGAUCCAGCCGGCCUGGGUACAGACGGCGCCACUCACCUACCAGCUGCCCCCCUCAGGGAUCCUGCUUGACCCCAGCGUGAGCGCCGUGGGAUCUUUCGGCCUGUACCAAGUCUGCACCGAGCGGGACAGCGCCCUCCAGUGCGAGGGGUCACUGGUCACCCUGACUCCCAUCCCAUCUUUCAAGGCGGCCGCCGUCUUUGUCCUGAUGGCCCUGGUGCUGGUUAUGGGCAGCGUGGCGUCCUUGGGUCUCUUCUGGCUCUGCAGCCCUGGGACGGUCUACAAGGUGUGUGCCUGGCAGCAGCUUUCAGCAGCAACUUGUCAGGCACUCGGCUGCUUGGUUUUCCCAGAUGGCUGGGGAGCCCCAGAGGUGCGGGCUCUUUGUGGGCCUCGGGCUAGGAGCUACACCCUGGGCACCUGUACGAUACACUGGGCCUUUACCCUGGCCUUGCUGGGCAUAGCUGAUGCUCUGGUACUAGCUACCCUCGCUUUUGUGCUGGGAAACCGACAGGACGCUCUGCUCCCUGCAGGCUACGCACCACCCCCAGGCGGGAGAGGUGUUACCUCAGCAUUAACUCCAGAUUGAUUCCUUUCACUUUGGAUUCCUUCCAGCGGGCAUCCUUCAGAGCUGGACACACACUUACCAAAACGAAGCCACGUUCUUGCUGUG